AUGCUGGACAAAGAUCCAAAGUACAAGAGUAUCGUUGAUCAUCGUCGAGGGAUGCAAUCACGCCUUGCUCGAGAACUCCACGAGGCUGCAGGUGUUUCUCUUGGUCCCUGUGGCAUCCCGGAAGUCAAGAUGUUCCAAGCAGCUCUUCCUGAUUAUCAACUCAACGUGAUUUCCAAGGAACAUUUGAAUGCCCUCAUCUACUCAGGUCCUGAAACAGAGAAACACCUAUACUUGUACCACCAUGACAGCCAUUACAACGUGAUCACCAGUAUGCCUGCCUUCCUCGCCCGUAAACAGUAUUGCCAUAAAUUCAAGAAAGGUUUCGACAAGAUUACUGACCAUCCCUGUGGCGAUCUGUGCAAACUGUGUAAUACCCAAAACUGUCCCAUCGUUGAAUGGAAAUUUUGCAAAGACUGUAACCGUUUCUUUAAAUGUGAUGAAUGUUUCAACCGCCAUAAAGAUGACGCCGGUCCUGCCCAAUCCCUGUGUCGUGCUUUAAUUAAAUGCAUGAAGUGCAAACGUGUUGUUACUCGUGCCAGUCUUCGUGAUCAUCAUUGUGGCAAAGUGAGAUGUUCCACCUGUCAGAAAUACGUCAAACCAGAAAACCACCAAUGUUAUCUUCAACCUGUAAAGGCGAAGAAGGCACGAUCCCCUGAAGAAGGAAACAAUUUGCUCGAUGAUGAUGUGGCCGUGGAAAACGACGUAGAAGACACCAAAAACUUAAUGUUCUUCGACUUUGAGUGCACGCAAGACGAUGGUAAACACGUCCCCAAUCUCUGCGUAGUCCAGAACGAAAGCGGUGACGAGAAAGUCUUUUCUGACUUAGAUCACGCAUGCGUAAUAAACGUAAAGAGUAUUUUGUAA